UUCCAAGCAGGACAAGACUUAUUCAAGUAUAAUUUUUUUUUUGAAGUAACAUAAAUGCAAUACACGGGCCGGAGUACAGAUCCUCCUUUCAUUCCAUUGUUUUUUUGGCCAAUGCCAAAUUUUCAAAAUACAGCUUUAACUUUUCGUUAUGAGGCGUCAUAGUGCCAGAAACUCAGGCACGGCGGAAGGAGCGGCAGGAGGACGGCAGCCAGGUCACCAGCAGCAGGUGUUGCCACGUCAUCAGCCGCAACAGCUUCCACAUCAGCAGUCGCAGCAGCUGCCAUGUCAGCAGCCGCAGCAGCUGCCACGUCAGCAGGUCUGUGCCGCCGCAGCUGCCACGUCAGUAGGUCUGUGCAUCAGGAGCCGCAGCAGCUGCCAUGUGAGCAGUCGCAGUGGCUGCCACCUCAUCAGCCGCAGCAGCUGCCACGGACAAAGAAGGCUAUGCUGCCGGUUGUGCCAGCGCGAGUGGAGCGACACAUGGAAACGGGCGUGUGAACACUUCACUUUCAAGAGGGAAUCCUCCAAAUGUUCGCACGACACUAUGACCAUUUGGAGGAGAUUGCACGGAGCUGGUUGGGAGUUGCCUUCGGACCUGCUGGAGAGGGUGCAGUGUGCGCUGGAGGAGGAGAACAACGAAUCUGAUCAUGAUGCGGAUGUGCAGGACAUUGCAAAGGUUGGCAGAGGAGGUGCCGAGAUUGGAGGACACUCUAACGAGGGAGUUCGUGGGCAGCCCGACAGUGGACCAAGGUCGGUGGCCAUUGGCGGAUCAGGCGGGUCGCGGCCUGCGAUGCAGCAGGCCAUGGGAGCAGGCUGUUCAUGUCCAUUGCGGCACGAGGCCCGAGUUUGUGGACCGGCGAAACAAACAUCAAUCGUGAGGUACACGAAGAACCCGCGGCAGGAGGAGAUUGAUGACUCAGCCUGCGAGUUUUUCGUCGAGAAUGCCAUCCUCUUCAGCAUCAUGAAGAGCAGGAAUUUCAAGAAGUUCCAAUUAACAUGUUACGGUCCACAGCCUGCAGCGAGCAAACCUCUUGUGCCCACUGGCUACAAUUCAUUGAGGUGUCGGCUGCUCGAUCGGUUGUGCAACAAGUUGGAGAAGGAGGAGCAAGCGAUCCGAGAUGACUGGGACGUGACAGGGUGCACGUUCAUCACCGAUGGCACCACAGACCUAUGUGGGCGAUCGUUGAUGAACUACAUCCUCGCAGGACGUUCGAAGCUAGUUUUCAUCAGGUGCGAGGAUGUGAGCGUCGGAGGUCAGAGAAGUCCGCCGGAGGUCUCAGAGGAACUGCAGCGUCUACCUUAGUCCAAUCAUUGAAGCAGAUAACAUAGUCUCUUUUGAGCUCCUCCUGUCCCAAAUC